CCACACUUUCGAACACACAACUUCAGCAACCGAAGCGAACACCAUCAUCAUCAACAUCAUUAGUUCUAUCAAAGAAACAAAGAUGGUGAGUGUGUCCGAAAUCCGCCAGGCUCAAAGGGCAGAAGGCCCUGCAACCAUCCUUGCCAUUGGAACUGCAACCCCACCAAACUGCGUUGAUCAGAGCACCUAUCCCGACUACUACUUCAGAAUCACAAACAGCGAGCACAUGACCGAUCUCAAGGAGAAGUUCCAGCGCAUGUGCGACAAGUCGAUGAUCAAGAAGAGAUACAUGCACGUGACGGAGGAGAUCCUGAAGGAGAAUCCGAACAUGAGUGCUUACAUGGCACCUUCUUUGGAUGCGAGGCAAGACAUAGUGGUGGUAGAGGUACCAAAGCUAGGGAAAGAGGCUGCAGUGAAGGCCAUAAAGGAGUGGGGCCAGCCAAAGUCCAAGAUUACACAUUUGAUCUUUUGCACUACCAGUGGCGUCGACAUGCCUGGUGCUGAUUACCAGCUCACCAAACUCUUGGGACUUCGCCCCUAUGUGAAAAGGUACAUGAUGUACCAACAGGGGUGCUUUGCAGGAGGCACGGUUCUUCGAUUGGCCAAGGAUUUGGCGGAGAACAACAAGGGUGCUCGUGUGCUUGUCGUGUGUUCUGAGAUAACCGCAGUUACGUUCCGUGGCCCAAGUGACACUCACCUAGACAGCNUUAUGCUCACAACAUUUUGA